AUGGUUGGUCGCCCUCGGGAGCCUCGUACACCAUCGAGGUCUCCAGCUGCCGCAGACCGCUCUAAGGCGACCCGUAGGGGCAUUAGAGCUGGAAAGUCUGCACGACGAAAGCGUGAAGCCUACAUCACGCAGCAGGCGCAAGCCACUGGCCGUGACGAGGCUUCCAUUCCCGUCACCCACACCGGAGGGCAGCAGCGCCCACUUGGGACGAGUGUGCUUUGGGAGCCAUCAUCAGAGGACGACAGCGUUCAGGGUGAAGUUGUGAUCACUGAGGAGUCCAACAUCGUCUUGACGCAGCAAGUUUCUCCUGCUUGGUUAGGUCCUCGUCCAAAGUCGCAUCCUAAGCUUUUGCAGGCAACUCCAAAGUCACAGGUGACAAAUCCCUUUGAUCAGAUUGGAGGCCCAGCUCACAGGGCAGAGCUCUUGCGUCGGAAUCCAGGGGGUGAGGAGUGCCACUUAGAACUGGAAAUCCGGGUGGACUGA